AUGCGGUCCGAGGUCCUCGCCAUGGAGGUCGACGCCAAGAAGGCCGAGAAGCGCGCGUACAACCGCAUGAAGCAGCGCGCGUUCCGUAAGAAGAUCGAGGACGAGCUCCAAUCGCUGCACAGGACCAUCUACGACCUCGAGCUCGAGACGACGACGCUGCGCCGCGCCGCGACCGGGCCGUUGCCGUGGGCCGACGUCGCCGCCGCCUUGAGCAAGUCGACUGAGGCGACGCUGCACACGAACCGCGCGCUGCGGAGCGACGUGGCGCGCGCGCGGGUGUUGGCGCAGACCAUGCACGCCUGGGUGCGUCGAACGAUACCGCAUGCGCCGCGGGAACGGUACUUUAGCAUGGCGCCUGCGACAUUGCCGGCGUCCUGGGAGGCGCGCCAGCUCGGCUUCAAGUGGAUCACGGACCGGUUGUACCACCACGCGGAGCAUUUGCUCCAUGAGCAUGGCUUGUACAAGGGCGAGCAAAAUGUGACGUUUGGUGAGAUUACCGUCCACACAACAGAGAACGGCACGCACGAGUACUUCACCAAGUACCAGCGACGCGUCUCUGCGCCGUUUGCCGCAGUCUGCAGCGCGUUCGAGGUCCUCUGCACGACAGGCGCCCGGGACUUUGUGCUCUCGGGACGGAGCGCACUCGACGCUCAUAUUACGUCGCUCAUGGACGAAGAGAUCGUCUACUCGCAAGGCGCCUGCACGCGCGAUGGCGCGCCGUGGGUCGACAACAAGGUCUGGCGCACGUACCGCAAGCCGCACGAGCUCGUCAUCGUCGGCCAAAGCGUGCACAACGACCCACGCCACGCAACAACGUCCAUGGAACGGGUCCGCUGCAACGUGGUCGUCGUGACCGCCGUGGAUGCAACGACGACGCUCGUCCGGCAGCUCAACAUCAACACACACGCCUACACGCGCGACGGGUUUGUGGCGCCGGACGUCGAGGCGCGGCAGUUCAACGUGCUCGUGCCACCGACGUCGUGUGCUGAGGACCAGCUGUCGCAGCUCGCGCAGCACAUUCGCAUCGUCCGCAAUGCCAUGUUCCGAGGCGGCAUGAACGCGAGCCUCGACGCCGCGAUCGACGCCGCCCGUGCGCGUCCUGUCUCUAGUGUAGUAGCCAAAGUACCCUUAUAAUACCGGGUUGGAUCGAGCCA